GACGUCGACGACGACGACGGCGGCAUCGACCUCGCCGCGGCCGCGUGCACGGUCGCGGGCGUCGCGUACGAGGCGCUCGAAAACCGGAGCCGCGCCGUGGCCUGGCUCGUGCGCGCGCUGCGCCUCGACGCGACCUGCAGCGAGGCGCUGACCUUCCUCGUCGAGCGGCGCCUGCUGAGCGCCGUCGAGGAGAAGCGGCUGCUGGGCGAGCUCCGCGCGGCUCUAACCGGCGACGACGACGCGUGGAUCGCCGCGGUCUACGGCGCGCGGCUCUGCGUCCACGACGCGGAGCAGAGCGUCGAGGAGCGCUUCGGGGGCCUGGAGCGCGUCCACGGCCUCGGGGAGAACGCGGAGGUGCUCUGCGCGCGCGCGGAGCACUCGUACUACCAGCACGACUGCCGCGGCGCGCACGCGCUCGCGAGGCGCGUCUACGGCGCGGACCCCUACGACUUCGCCUGCGUGCCCGUCUACCUGGCGUCCAUGGUCGAAUUGGGGUUGAAGCACGAGCUCUUCUACUGCGCCCACGAGCUCGUGCGGGCCUACCCGAAGCACGCGGCGUCGUGGUUCGCCGUCGGCUGCUACUACCUCCUCGUGGGCAAGAACGACGCGGCCCAGCGCUACUUCCACAAGUCGGCGAAGCUGGCGCCGCGCUUCGCGCCGGCCUGGAUCGGCUUCGGCAACGCCUUCGCGGCCCAGGACGAGAGCGAGCAGGCCAUGGCCGCGUACCGGUCCGCGAGCCGGCUCUUCCAGGGGUCGCACGUGCCCCUCAUGUUCAUCGGCAUGGAGUACCUGCGCACGAACAACCUGCCGCUGGCGAAGCACUUCCUGCGCGGCGCGCGCAAGCUCUGCGGCAGCGAUCCCAUGGUCCUCAACGAGCUCGGCGUCGUCGAGCUCCGCCAGGGCCUCUACGCGGACGCGGAGCAGACGUUCAGCGACGUGCUCGUGCUCUUCGAGCGCCUCCCGGACCGGUCGCCGCUGAAGUCGGCCUGCGAGAGCUCGGUCUUCAACUUGGCCCAGACCUACCGGAAGAUGAAGCGCUUCGACGACGCCGCGCGCUACUUCGAGCUCGCGCUCGCGCUCAAGCCGGGAGACGCGGCGAUCCGCGGCGCGCUCGGCGUCACGCUCCACGCGCUCGGCGGCGCCCACGUCCACAAGGCCGUCGAGUGCUACCACACGGCCCUCGCCAUGCGGCCCGACGACACCUUCUGCUCCGAGAUGCUCUCGCGCGCGCUCCGCGACGUCGCGGAGAUGGGC